GCUGGGGCGAGAGCCGCUGGCGGCCGCGGAGCGGAGAAGGGCCCGGCUGGGCGACCGCACGGCCAUGGCCCCGUGGCUGCAGCUCUGCUCCUUCUUCUUCACUGUCAACGCCUGCCUCAACGGCUCGCAGCUGGCAGUGGCCGCGGGCGGCUCGGGCCGCGCGAGGGGCGCCGACACCUGCGGCUGGAGGGGCGUGGGGCCAGCCAGCAGAAACAGCGGGCUGCAGAACAUCACCUUCAGAUAUGACAACUGUACCACCUACUUGAAUCCUGUUGGGAAGCACAUGAUUGCAGAUGCCCAGAACAUCACGAUAAGCCAGUAUGCUUGCCACAACCAAGUGGCAGUCACCAUUCUGUGGUCCCCAGGAGCCCUUGGCAUUGAAUUCCUAAAAGGAUUCCGAGUGAUACUGGAGGAGCUGAAAUCAGAGGGAAGACAGUGCCAGCAACUGAUUCUGAAGGACCCAAAACAGCUCAACAGUAGCUUCAAAAAAACUGGAAUGGAAUCCCAGCCUUUCCUGAAUAUGAAAUUUGAAACGGAUUACUUUGUAAAGAUUGUCCCUUUCCCUUCCGUUAAAAACGAAAGCAAUUACCAUCCUUUCUUCUUCAGAACCCGGGCUUGUGACCUGUUGUUACAACCUGACAACUUGGCCUGUAAGCCCUUCUGGAAGCCUCGGAACCUGAACAUCACCCAGCACGGUUCAGACAUGCAAGUAUCCUUCGAGCAUGCGCCACAUAACUUCGGUUUCCGUGGCUUCCACCUUCACUAUAAGCUCAAGCACGAAGGCCCCUUCAGGCGGAGGACUUGCAAGCAGGAUCAGAAUACAGAGACGACCAGCUGCCUCCUCCAAAACAUUUCUCCCGGGGAUUAUAUUAUUGAGCUGGUGGACAGCAACAACACAACCAGGAAAGUGGUGCAGUACGUGGUCAAGCCAGUGCACUCUCCCUGGGCUGGACCCAUCAGAGCUGUGGCCAUCACCGUGCCUCUGGUCGUCAUAUCAGCAUUCGCAACACUUUUCACCGUGAUGUGCAGAAAGAAACAGCAAGAAAAUAUAUAUUCACAUUUAGAUGAAGAAAGCCUGGAGUCCUCCACAUACGCUGCAGUCGUCCCCGGAGACAGGCUCCGGCCACGGCCCAAGGUCUUCCUUUGCUACUCCAGUAAAGAUGGCCAGCAUCACACGAACGUGGUCCAGUGUUUUGCCUACUUUCUUCAGGAUUUCUGCGGCUGUGAGGUGGCUCUGGACCUGUGGGAAGAUUUCAGCCUCUGCAGAGAAGGGCAGAGAGAAUGGGUUAUUCAGAAGAUCCAUGAGUCCCACUUCAUCAUUGUCGUGUGCUCCAAAGGCAUGAAGUACUUUGUAGACAAGAAAAGCUACAAACACAAAGGAGGCAGUCGAGGCGCAGGGCAAGGAGAGCUCUUCCUCGUGGCUGUGGCGGCCAUUGCUGAAAAGCUCCGUCAGGCCAAGCAGAGUUCAUCUGCAGCACUGAGCAAGUUCAUCGCUGUCUACUUUGAUUAUUCCUGUGAGGGAGAUGUCCCCUGCGUCCUGGACCUGGCCACCAAAUACAAGCUCAUGGACAACCUUCCUGAGCUGUGCUCCCAUUUGCACUCAGGAGAACACAGCCUUCAGGAGCUGAGUCAGCACCCAGGACACAGCAGUAGAAGGAACUACUUCCGAAGCAAGUCUGGCCGCUCCUUGUAUGUUGCCAUUUGCAACAUGCACCAAUUUAUUGACGAGGAACCAGAUUGGUUCGAGAAGCAGUUUUUACCCUUUCAUCCUCCCCUCGUGCGCUACCAGGAGCCAGUCCUGGAGAAGUUUGACUCAGGUUUGGUUUUAAAUGACAUCAUAAGCAAACCAGGGCCAGAGAGUGACUUCUGUCUAAAAGCUGAGGCUUCAAUACUUGGGGCCACUGGGCCAGCUGACUCUUACUCAUAUCUGGAGAAUCAGCAUGUAGGUCUGGACCAAGACACUGACGCCCCACUCCCCUAUGAGAGUGGUCCUGCCUUGCAGCCCCUGUUGCAUGCUCUGAAAGCUGGAAGUCCCUCAGAAAUGCCACGGGACUCGGGCAUUUAUGAUUCCUCUGUGCCCUCAUCAGAGCUAUCUCUGCCUCUCAUGGAAGGACUCUCUCCAGACCAGAUGGAAACAUCUUCCCUGACUGAGAGUGUAUCGUCCUCCUCUGGCCUAGGCGAGGAGGAUCCCCCUCCACUGCCUUCCAGGCUCCUCGCCUCCGGAGUGUGCAAAGCAGAACAUGGUUGUCAUGGCUACACGGAUGAACCACCAGCGGUUGCCCCUUUUUAAGGACCAGGAAGUGUCUAAGCAUCGCCACUUUAACUGCUGCUCUCUGGCUCCAGCUCAGCCAUGGUUGUGCAGCUGCUCGGAGCUGAGAGCUCAGGGUAUCUGGAAUGAAAGUCUGGCCAGGACGCAAUCCUUUCUGCCCCAGCCUUCUAAUGGACACUUCGCAAAGUCUCCGAUUUCCCAAAAGCAUAUGGAAUUCAGAAGGGCGUGUCCAUUAGAUCUGACCACAGCGGGCCUCGUGCAGCCGAUUCUUGGAUCGGAGCCUGUUCUGGGGGGUGGAGAGGAAACCGGUAAAGAGAGAGAAGAUGGGAAAGCACCGCACUGCUUGUUGGGCUCUCCUGGACUCCGCAGACUUUGCCUGUUCCCCCUUGGCUACUUAAAGAUUCAAAGUGCUUUGUGGAGAAGGCACUUUUCACAUCAUCACAGCUUCAUACCGUGUCACGUACAUACAGUGUCACAUACCGUCUGGGACCCAGAUUGUGCUGCAAAUGAUGUCUCCAUCCAUUUCUGAUGUGGAAUUUGCGCUGUCCUGAGAGACCAUCAUGAGCAUUCUGUGUGAAGCGGGUUGACUAAUGUUCAGGAGGUGCCAGAACCCGGGCUUCUUCUGGGUCUGAGUAGCUGUCGUGUGGGGACCACAGCUGUCUGAUUACUGGGCUACGUUUGCUGCUCUGUAGCUUGGGUGAUGGUGGCUGGAAAUCGAGGCCUGUCACCUGGCCGGGCAACAACAUUAUUGGAAGUUGUGGUUUGUGUUUUGUCUGGUGCUCUGUGUGCUGAAUGUUAGGGAUUGGAAUCCACUAAAAUACAAGAGUGCAGGAGGUAGUGGUCAGUUAAUCUGCUGACGUGGUUUUGACUAGUGACAAACCUCCUUUUUAGAAGGCAGAAAGGGAGGGGAUUGUUCUAUUUUUAUGAAUGACUCUUGUACAGAAAUUCUGUUUCCAAAGGUAAAGCAUCUCUUCACACCCUGCUUAUUAAUUGGCUGUAUGUAGUGGUGUGUCCAUCUCCUCCGAGGAAACCCUCGCCCCUCGCCCUGGCACACUUGGUGUGAGCAUCCCUCUCUGCUAUUAUCAUGGGGGCUCUUGGGUUUUGGCAGCCAGUUUUCUCAGUGUUCUGCCAGGCACUGUGACUCCUCCCAUUCCUUCACCGGGUGGGACCAAUGUUAGGGGAGCUGCUGAGCAAGAUCCCCAGAUGCUGUGGAAGUGAGGUGAGGCAGGGAUUUCCCUCUAGGGGAAGGGAAGCCUCAGUUCCAGUUGAGAAGAAGCAGUUUGUGUGUAUUUUGGAUGAAAACAUCCUGCUCCCUGCUCUGCACAGGCAGCUGGCAGCAUCUCAGGAGAACGUGCUCCUGUGUUCUCUGGCAGAGAGCAGAGCAGCUGCUCUGGGCGAGCUGUGAGAUGGUCUCACCGUGAAACCAGGCAUCUCAGCAGAGAGUUUGUUCCAUGCUGUCAUUGUGGAAUCCAGACUGAGCAGACAGAGCUCCCACCUCUGCGAGACUCCCCUGGUCGUUCUCAGUCUUGGCAUUCAUUCUGUGGAGGAGAUCGGUGGGCCCAAAUUGCUAACGUAUGACCGUUUACUGGAACAUCAUCAGAGAGUCCUUUUCUUUUCUUUUCUUUUCUUUUUCUUUCUUUUCUUUUCUUUUCUUUUCUUUUCUUUUCUUUUCUUUUCUUUUCUUUUCUUUUCUUAACUGAGGCCAAGAAAUAUUUUAUGCUCCCCUACCUUGCCCCCAAAGAGACAUUAGAAACCAGUUUUAGGAUAGAUACUCGGCUUUGCAUAUGGAAUGUGGGUCCCUGAGAGUGCCUGGGAGCAGCAUGGGGCCUUGGGCUUAGGACUAAGCAUUAGCUGGGUCCCGGGCUCAGGCAGAGAGUUCGCUUCGUGAAACUAGAAGGAAGCCAUGUGUGCCAGCUAGCACGCUAGUGUAAAAAGUCAGGGUCAGCUUAUGUUUUACUGCCUGUGUAGCAACAUGCUUUUAUUUUGACAUACAAAUGUUCCUGAUCAAAAGACUCAGCUUUAACUUGCCAGGUGAUGUAAAGUUGCUUAACUCAGAAUGAGCUGAGAGUGGGUAAUGGAGUGACACUUUUUAAACUCUUUUCCCUACCCACCUUGUCUCUCGAGCUAGGAAUGAGAACUGCCUUACUAAAGGCAAAGCAUCGUUCUGAACAGAGCUGCAGUCUGACUCAACAUUGUCCCAUGCAGUAGAAAUGAUGAGGUGGAAUUAGAGAAAGGUUUUGACAGUGUAUGGGCUUUUUGAUAGUGUAGGGAGCAAGAGGUUGGGUCUGAGAGUGAGCGGUGUUCCUGUCCACUGGAAAGGGGCCAGGGUUGAGGCCCCAGGAUGAGCUGCUUGCUGACCUGUGUUUCUGAUUUGCUGAGAGAUGAGUCCCAGAGAAAACUAGCUGUAGUGCUCUGCUCUGAGCAGUUGGUGGCAGGUAACAGGAACCACCUGAGCGGGCCCCACCCAGCUGCAUGAGUCCAGAGCCUGGGGGCUUUGAGGCACAUCAUUUCUAGAAAGAACCAGAAAUCAUUCUAGUUCAGGCCCAGGGAUUCAAAUUGGACCCAGUCAGGUGAUAAAGUAUUUUGAGCCAAAAAUGAGACUGGGUCCUAAAAUUAUGGUCUGAAGUUUUUGAUUGGCAGACAAACGCUAACAGAAGUCAGCCUAGAUCGGAAUCUUGAAGCAGUCAUCAGUGAUGGUGAGGUCAUUGGAGUCAGCACACAGGAAGUUAGGGGUUUAAGGUCAUCCGUGACUGAGGCCCAGAUGGGCUGUUUCAUAGCCACAGGAUGAUUUUUUUUACUAAUUUUCUUGACAACCUCCAGUAAUAGGUAGGUCUUCUGACUUUUAUGUAAGUAACUGAAGCAAAACAAAACUGGGAUUGCAGAAUUGUGGGCGCUUUUAAGAAGGAAUGGGGAAGCUACUUAUUCCUGGAAGAGAAAGAAAGGAAAACAUGCAGUCUCUAGCUACCUCAACACAAGAGAGAACUUUCUGCCUUUAUCGGGAAAAGGUAGGCACUGCCAAAGUGAAGGUUUCUAGCUUCUUGUUUUGUUUUGUUUGUGUUUUUUUUUUUUUUUUUUUUUUUAAUUCCAUUGUUGGGGAUGGCUGCUGAUAGUUGGCAGUUCGUGUUUUCUUACUGAGGCAUAAGGAAAACAGCAGCAACACACCACCUUGCAGAGACACACUAGGACGAGGUGACCGGAGCAAGCUGAGGCAUCCCUGCCCAACCUUCAGGAGCAGGGAACAUUCCAGACGAGUGUCUCCAGGUAGUAUUUCCUGGGCUCCCCAGUUUUCAAGAAAAGCUAAGACUCUCUCAUAUUUAAGCUGUUAAUGUCUAGCACUGGCAAGACAGCUCAGCAAAUAAAAACAUUUCCUGAAAGAGUUGAACAAUCAAGCUUUAGUGCCUGGAACCCACAGUGAGAGCAGAGAAGCAACUCUAUCCCAAAAGUAAUUUUCUUUAACUUUCUCAUGUUGGCUGUGGCACUCACAGAUAACCAUGUCAUGUGUCUCACAUGUACACACUGUGUGUGUGUAUAUAUAUUUAUAUAUAUAUGUACACAUAUAUACAUAUAUGUGUAUGUAUAUAUAUAUAUUUUUUAGUUUAUAUAUAAACUUAAAAAUAUUAAGCAAAACAUUGGCAAUUAAACUUUGGAAACUAUUAAAGUGAAUUCAGGACAUGUGGAUGGAUCUAAUUUUGCACAGUGGCUGCCAGAUUGUGAAUUCUACUUUGUAAGAUGUGAAAUGAGAACCAUGCAUAGUAAUUCCUGGAGUCCCAGGAAAAAGCUGAUGCUAGCUGUGUCUUUCAGAGACACUUGAUUCCAUCCUGAUGAUUUUGCUUCUUAAAACAGGGUCUCCUGUAGCCUAGGCUGGCCUUGAACUCCUGAUGCUUCACUUUGGCAUGCACCGUGACCCACAGCCUCAGUAUGAUUCUGAAUACUGAAUUCAGAAUCUUUUAAACAUUUUGGUGGUGUCUUUAUAUUUCAUAAUAUGUCAAGAGAAAGGCAGUUCAGCUGUUUCUGUUUUGGUUUUUUGUUGUUUUAUUUUUUUGUUUUUGUGGUUGUUGGAUGUUUUUGAGGGUGGCCAGGCUGUCCUGGAACUUGCUCUGAAGACCAGGCUAGCCUAGUACUCUGAGAUACACCUGCCUCUGCCUCCAGAGUGCUGGGAUUAAAGGCGUGCACCACCACUACCACUUGGCAGUUGUUAAUUUCAUAUUCAGAUUUAUAUUGUCCCACAUUAAAAAAAAAAAAAGCAGGCAACAGUUGCAUUUACCCCCGGCCCCCCGGAAUUUAGGGCCCUAUUUAUAGUUUAGCUCUAACUGUAAUCAUGUUUUUAUGUGGGGGCCAAUUCUGAGCUUAUUCCAAGGUAUAAUCGGAGAAUUCUGUUUGGGGGUACUCCAAAGACUGUCCUAGAGCACCCUACCCUGGGUUUUGGUCUCAUCCUUUGACUGUAGUCUGGGACUGACCCUUCCAGAGUUAGGACAUAGGGAGAAAAGCUUUUCCUGUUGCUGAGAUACCAGGUGUCCCCAUGGGUGUCCACUUUUCCUGACCCAAGGCUGAAAGUUGGCGGAAGAAAGCUUGGCUGUAAGUGUUUGGUUUUGGUUCCGGUUUUAGAACUUGAGGACGAAGCGAGGCUGAGAUCACACAGCACGAUCCCUUCAAGGGCUCAAGGCAGGCUGCGCUUGCGUUCACGCGGCUGUGGCUGCAACUCCAGCUCUUCAGCAAAGGGAUUCUGUAACCUCCCUGCUGCUCAGGUGGUCGUUGUCUAUCUUCCUUGCAGAAAUUCAAACCAGCUUUCUUUUGUCCAGGAUGUAGAGGAGAACAGCUGGUCACCUUCCAGCAUGAAAACCACAGUGAAGUCAUCCCCUGGUUUUUCCUCCCGAGUGGUAAAGUUAACAUCUUUCACAGCUAGUGUUCUCUGGGACCUUAAUGGUUUCCACGGUGCUUGGCCUUCUCAGCCUCCCGCUCAGUUUUGUUACCCAAACAACACAGGUGCCUUGUUUGCAUGUGUGCCCCCUGACAACCAGCCAUGCUCCAGUUAGGAUACAGGGAGAUUUGGGCAGGCCUGACUGCACAAAAUAUCAGGGCACUUAAAAAAUGUCACGUCGCUUAUACUCAGAAAGGUACGACCGACACUUUGUUCUCCUGGCGAUGUCGUUGCUCUUGUCUUAUGGUUUAUUCCCUUCCACAGGAAACAGUUGGUUCUUAUUCCUGAUGUGUUUAAUGUCUUUAAUCUGAAGACACCCUUCAAGGCCAGCUCUUACCCUCUGAGUCGCAGCUACCCCACUCUCCAAUCUUGGGUUCUGUUUUUACCUCUCUAGACUUAACUAUGAUUUUGUGAAUCAUAUUAAUUUUUAAAUGGUACACACUUUGGCAGAACCUCUUACAAGGUGAGGCCAGGGGUUGCUAAGUGCCUCCUUUCCCAUUGCUGUUAGGGACUAAUUUACAAACACCUUUUAAUGCCUCCGGGAGGGCCUCUGGGAAAUUCUGGCCAAUGGUGCUCUUUCCUGGUUCAUCUUUUUAACCCACCUGGGACCACAGACACCCCAGGGCCUCCUCUCCCUUCUCCAGGACUGUAUUGCUCAGUUAAGCAGGCAUAGUUUUUGAUACAAUCAAAAAUGAGAUAGAAGCAAUCAUUCCGACUGCAUAGCUAGUAUUUAUAUCAUGUAGAAUCCGGCAGAAAGAGUCAAAGGAGCCAGCAGCCUUCUGUGGCUGCCACUGGGUUAUACUCAAUGUAAUCAUCUGUUAUUUAAAAAUAAAAAAAUUCUGUUCUUUUCCUCUCAAAGAAGCAUGUCAAGAUUGGACAGCAGCAGCAACAACAACAAAACUUCUCUACAAAUCCUAAGUGUUCACUUCGAGAGUAACUUUGAUUUUGUUACCUGUUUAAAAACAAAAAUAUUUUUGCUGUGGAAGCUGCCAUGUUAAGGAGGAGGGCCUGCAGCCACAGUGAUGACCGGUGUCCUUGUUGUUUGUCCUUUGUGUGGUUUGUCGGGAUAGUAAGCACUGACCUGUAGCAGUGUGCCAUGUUUUCACACUGGAGACAUUGGUGGUGCAUUUGACUGUACAGACUUUGUAAAUAGAUGAUAGUAAGUCAUGGCUGACAUUUGUAAGAUGUUUUUGUACCUUAGAAUUUCUACAUCAAAUAAAAUGUUUUCUUGUAA